CCAAGCUUCACUGCAAGGCACCAGCGGCUCCUCGGAGCAGGGCUGAUACAGCGGCCAAUGGUUACAUGGACUGACGAAUUAAUCGAAUGGAGCGAAAUGAAGAUGGUUAUUCUAAACGAUGGAGUCUACUUCAGAAUCGAUAGAGGCACGAUAUGA